AUGGAACAAGAAUUACGUCAAAUCAUCAAUCAUCUACGGAUAUUUGAUCAAGCGGAUGCAUGUGAGAAACUAAUCCAAGCCACGAAACAAGAAAAAAUCGUUCUUAUUGUGUCCGGUCAAUUGGGUCCUGAUGUUAUUCCGCGUCUUCACAACUUACCACAAUUGGUUGCAUGUUACGUAUAUUGUUUAAAUGGAACUGAUCAUGAAGGAUGGACAAAAACUUAUUCAAAAGUUCAAGGUGUUUUUGUUGAACGAGCAAACUUACUAAAACAAAUUGAUCUUGAUCAAAAAAAUCGCCUUCUAACUGAACAAUUAUCAGCUAUAUAG